AUGGCUUCGAAUUCGGACUGCGAGAAGGGCCAGAGCGAGGGAGAAGGCGCCGUGUCCGUGGGCCAGCCAGCUUCGCAGCCCGAGAAGGACGUGGUUCAGUCCGAAGUGCCGGCUAGCAAAGGCAGGCCCAAAAAGUCCCUGAGCUUCCAUCUUGCCUUCAUCUCUCUCAUGAUUAUGGUCUUCAUUGUGUCGGUAGACGCAACUGCGUUAUCCGUUGCGAUCCCCACUAUGAGCAAGGAGCUCGGUGGCACUACACUCGAGGCCUUCUGGGCCAACAUAGCAUUCAUGCUGACGGUCACCGUCGUCCAGCCAAUCUACACCAGUGUUUCUGACAUUGUCGGACGCAAACUGCCCCUGUAUCUUGCCUUUUUCUUCUUCGGGCUGGGAUCCAUCAUCUUCGCCGUCGGACACAGCAUGGGUAUGGUUAUCGCCGGCCGUGUUCUGCAGGGCAUUGGCGGGGGAGGGCUUGACGUGCUCAACGAAGUCAUCAUCGCGGAUAUCACCACAUUGAAAGAACGCGCUUUUUGGCUCGGCUUGUUUGCGAUACCCAUGGCGUUAGGAACGAUUCUUGGUCCUAUACUUGGUGCUGUGUUCAGCGAAUACGUGACCUGGCGCUGGAUCGGCUGGCUCAAUCUCCCUCUCAUUGGCAUUUGCCUGCCGUUGACCAUCUUCUGCCUUCGCCUCAAGCCCAUGUCGGACACCUUCCGCCAACAGCUUGCUAGGAUGGACUGGAGUGGCAUGGGCCUAUUCACGGUCGGCGCCACGCUUUUCACGCUGCCCUUGAGCUGGGCUGGAUCUAUGUAUCCGUGGAGCUCUUGGAGGACCAUCCUGCCACUGGUCAUUGGCAUCCUCAUGCUCGCAUUCUUCGUGUGGUAUGAAUCGAAGCCCUUGGAGGCCGUGUUCCCCUACCGCCUAUUCAGAAACCGCACCGCUGCGGUCACGCUUCUAGGAAGUUUCAUCCAUGGUAUGGUGCUAUACACACUACUAUACUAUCUACCCCUCUACUUCCAAUCCGUCUUCCUUGAGACACCUCUCCAGGCGGCAGUCUCCAUUCUUCCCUUGUGCGCCGUGCUCAUGGCCUUUACCGGUAUUGCCGCCAUGGCUGUGGAAUGGACGCGCCGCUAUUUAUGGUCCAUUUGGGUCGGCUGGCUAUUCCUCGCUGUCGGCGUGGGUUUGCUUGGUCUCUGGGACAGCCACACGACCCUAGCCGAGAGGGCGAGCUUCCAAGUCAUCGGCGCCAUCGGCAUAGGAAUUCUGUUUACCGUGCCACCUAUUCCCAUGCAGGCCAGCGUGGAGAGAGCGGAGGACCAAGGCCUCGCCGUCGGCAUCCUCGUCUGCUUCCGCUUAUUCGGCGGCCUCAUCGGCCUCGCCAUAGGUGCCACGGCCUUCAGCACCCAGUUCUCGCGCUCCAUCGCCUCUCUCAGACCGCUGCCCGAGGCGGCGGCUAUGCUAGCGGACAACCAAGACGCCUUGAGCUUCAUCCCGUAUCUGCGAGACCUCGACGUCGCCGCCGGGACCAUGGACGGUAUCCGAGAUGCCUACGCGCAAGCGAUCAGGUCCAUCUGGUACUUCCUCGCGGCUUUUGGCGCCUUGGGGUUUCUGGCGUCCCUGUUGACCAAGGAGCUGGAAAUCGAAUCCGAGGAGACUGGGCGGCAGGCUUUCGAGGAUUAG